UUUUUAUGUGUUGGCUGCAUUCAAAGUUGGUAUUUGCUAAGAGCCUGCCAUUUUGUAAGAUAGAAGGGAGAUAAAAAAUAGUUUUAUGGUGUUAAAAUUUUACAAAAACUCUGUUGCCGUUUGUCUUAGGGCUAAAAACAAAUGUUUAAAUGGACGCAUCGUCCAUUAUAACUCAGGUGUCACGGGAUGACGAGCAAUUAAACAAUUAUGGAUCCGACAGAGGAUCAUCCCCUGGCGGCCAACAUAAUGAGGGGGAUGUUACGCCGGUGUCGGGGUCAGCCCCAUUGGGUAGUAAGAAGUCGAGCGGUGGCGGUGGGUUCCUGCGGUCCCUGCUGUGCUGCUGGCGCGGCGGACGAGGCAAGGGUCCGCCCGGCAGUAAUGGCGCGAACAGCAUCGAUGGCCGGGCCUCGCCGCUCCCGCAGGAGCGGGGGCUGCUGGUCAUGGACCACACCGCCCCGCGACCGCUAUUACCCCCAGUGAAACACCAGGACAUGCAUAAAAAGUGUAUGGUCAUUGAUCUCGACGAGACAUUAGUUCACAGCUCAUUCAAGCCGAUAAACAACGCGGACUUCGUGGUCCCCGUGGAGAUCGAUGGCGCCGUGCACCAGGUGUACGUCCUGAAGCGGCCGCACGUCGACGAAUUCCUGCGGCGCUGUGGUGAGCUCUACGAGUGCGUUCUGUUCACCGCAUCGCUCGCUAAAUACGCCGAUCCUGUUGCUGAUCUAUUGGACAGAUGGGGCGUGUUCCGAGCGCGAUUGUUCCGCGACAGUUGCGUCUUCCACCGCGGCAACUACGUCAAAGACCUGAACAGUCUCGGACGCGACCUGCGGCGUGUGGUCAUCGUCGAUAACUCGCCCGCCUCCUAUAUAUUCCAUCCGGAUAAUGCUGUACCUGUCGCGUCAUGGUUCGACGACAUGACAGAUUCAGAACUUUUGGACUUGAUACCGUUUUUCGAGAAACUAGCUAAGGUGGACAGUGUGUACACAGUGUUGCGGAACUCGAACCACCCGUACAACCCGACGGCCAACAGCUCGCCCGGCACAUAGCGCGGCGCCGGCCUCGGCCCCGCCCCCGCCACGUUCCACACACUCAUCAACAAAGGAGCGAACUUCGUCUUAAGUGCCAAUUUUGCCUUCUGGAUAGUGAGGACAUUAUUUCUACCUAUUUUACAUUUUAGGUAUUUCUUAGUGCGUAAGUGGUCUGUAUGAUGGAUUUGUGAUGAUAAUAUUGUUUAUUUAACAUUUCCACUCUCUGGUGAGCUUGCAAACGAAGUGUUCGUAUAUAUUUGGACGUAAUUCUAUCGAUAUUUUUCGGGUUGACUAACGUAUGAUUAACGUGUAUUUAAAAAAUGCAAUCGUCACUCAUUGAAUUUCAUUUUCAUAAUUAUUCGACAACUUAUAUCGUGCUUGGGAUCAAAUACAGAUAAGUUAGGAUAUUUUUACCGUCGUUGUUGCAGUCUAUUAUGUAUCGCUCAUUUCUGGUGUUUACUCAGAAUCGAUGGAGUCGAUGGACGACGCGUCGCAUCUCUAUGAUUUGCCUUCGUCUUGGAUGUCUAAUUACUAAUUACUGUAUAUUGAUAGACUUGUAACAUAAUCACGGAUUCUAAAAAUGGACUGGGAUUUAAGCAGUAGUUUCCAGCACUAGUGAAAUGUGUAAAUAUUUUUAUAAGAGAGUAAAGAUGGUCGCCGCUUGAAUCAUGGUUAGAAUUAAUAUGAUUAAUGUACAUACAUUUAUAUUAUACAUAAACAAUUGAAUUGUAAGAGUAUCGCUCGUGGCAGAACAAUAGCACUUAAGGUGAUUUGCGUCGUACUGAUUCCGUGACUCGUGUUACAUACGAACUCUUAAUGCUGAUCUAUUUAUAAGGAUAUCGAUUUAUUCAAAUUUAUUUAUUCAACAAAAUAUUAUUUUAUAAAAUCUAAUUUACAAUUUGUAUCAUAUUUUUAAGCGAAAAUACUUAUUUAUAAGUCUUAUUAUAUUGAUUUGUGAAGUAAUAAUAAAAUGUGAAGAGACGCGUGUUGUUGAUUAUUAAGUGGUGAUGUAAUACGGGUCACUUUAAGGUUUGUGCACAUUAGACGGAUCGAGUAUUCCAUUAUCCCACAUUACAUGUAACAUAUUAUUAACUUUAGUGUGUACAUACCUUUGUUUUACGGUAAAACUCCCCCCUAAGUAGUUAUUGCAUCGAUGACAAUAAGAAGUCAAUCGCGACAGUGUCAUAUGAGUGUUUUUUUAAUUAUUAUUAUUAAUUAUGAGUAAAAUACGUUGUAUGCUACACACGGGUGAACGUAGGGACAGAUCAAAUUGGCAUCUAAAUAUAAUCAUUGUUUUUUGCUUCUGUAGAAGUACAUUACUGGCUUAAACCUGAUUGUUCUAAUACAUGAUUACAACAACGAUUAAUGUGUUAAGUAACCAAGUUUACUUGUGCCUAAAGCUGCUUGGUUACUCAGUUUUCAUAAGUGACCACGACAUACACCGCGGAGGGCCACUCGAACAGAACAUUAAAUGCUUAGUUUAAAAAUAUUUAAAAUAAAAAAUUCGUCAUCUCAGUAUUAACCUAGCUUUGUAGUAUUUGAUGCCAUUUUUACAAAAAAACAUAAAAUGAAUAUUAUAUCUUUAUGAAUUUUAACAAAAUAUUUUUUAUGAUGGCAAUAUUUUUGUAUGUUAAAUUAUUGGGUGUCAAGUAUUACCAACGUAACGUAGCGACUGCACACGCGAGGCGAAAGUGAUAUUAUGGAACGUGUUCUGACAAAGUUUAUUAUUAAAACGAAUGUUUUUGGAAUUUAAUGUUUUAUUUCAGUUCUAAAUUAGCGUUAAUGUAUCGUGAAAUUGGCUUGCUAGUGCAUUUAUUUUGCAUUGCCGCAGAAGUCCGGUGCAUGUGCGAAGCUCAAUUGAUCCGUCUACCCUAACGUAAUGAUAUAUCGCAUAUCCCAGCCUCAAGUGUGGUCGGACACUAAAGCUAAAAUAUUAAAACAAAAUUGUCUAACUGACUUACGUAAGAAUUGAUUAAAUUAGGUAAUACUAAAUGGUGCUUUCAGUAUUAGUUGAUUAAGCAGCUCGAAAUUAUUGACUGUUAAGUAAACUACGCACAUUCGGUUUGUACGAUUGCUAAACAAUACAAUAUUCAUACUGAGAAUAUCACAAUUGGCGGACAAAAGUAACUUAUAUUGAAUAUUUACUCGUUGGCUAGUAUGCCAUGUAUUUAUUUGUUUUAAUUGCUUAGCAAAACGGUUUUAUUGUUUAUUUUUUUGUAUUAUCCUUUGAUGUGGAACUAUUAUUGUUUUGUAGGAGCUUGUAAAUAAGAUUUUUAUUAACUUAACUGAUUGAAAUUGAUUUUUUUUUAAUGAUAUCAAAUAAAUGUAGAUGAUCACUUUCUCUAAAUAUACGCGUUAGUUUGUUAUUUAGUGACUACGGUGUAUGUAUAUACCUUAUACAUAUGUAGGUAUAUGUACGCUUAAUGCUAGUUGUAUCUUUGAUAUAAGCAUAUUCACACAGUGCGCUUUGAAUCCACGUCUAUACAGAGGCCAUAUAAGUUAGACAAUUAUAGUCCUCCGAAGCCAAUAGAUACUCCUUGUAGUAUUGUCCAAGAAACGGGUGCACAUUGUAGUGAAAUAGUUCAAAGUUUUAAUAGAUGAUACAUGGACAAUUAGAUAUUCAUAUAAUUGGGAUGAUGGCUAAAACUAGAAUUUAGUCGUAUCAGAUAAAAUAGAAAAUAUAAGACUUGGUAUUUUUUUUUUAAAUUACGAUUGAAAGACAUCACGCCUCACUACUGAGCAAUGACGUAGCGACGUAACUUAAUUCGCUUUAUCCAUGUUUGUUCUUUCGAUUAAAUAAAAAUGCAUGUCCAAUAUCCUUUCAUUAUCUGAUGGAUUAAAGGCACGUUUUUGUCAUCAUCUCUAUUUAUUUCGCAGUGCAAAUGUGGUGCUGUUUGUUGAAGCUAUGUCCCACGUGCCUGACUGAUGUAAUUCCUUUAAGGAAUCCUAUUAUAGUGCUUAUUAUACUAUUUUAGUAGGAAAAGUGUGUACUAUUUCAAAAUAUUCUCUUUCAUUAUUAUACUGGGUAAAUAAAAUCAUUUUGGGACAAUUAUAAUCUGAUAGACAGUGGUUAUUUAAAAGAUUUUUUCAAGUACUCUUAGUACGAGUUUGCUUUAUGUUUAAAGAAAUCUGAGAGAGCGCGAUCUGCGCUCUGAUUGCCCGGCUUGAAUAAACCAACCAAUCAGAGCGCUGAAUGCCGCCCUCGUUUCAAUAGCUUUAAAACGUUAAGCAAACUCGCACUAAGGAUGUUUAUCCGACUACGUACGAUUAUGAUAAGUAAAUGUGCGCCCGAUUUCAAGCCACGCGCAUAUAAAUGAAAAUAAGCUUUAAAUUGUAUGUUGAGUAAGUUUAAUUUCAAUUGAGCUAUAUUUUGUUUUCAUCAAUGUGUACGCGGCUCCAUACUGAACUUGGUUUACAGAUUACACGACCAUAGACCCAUGUAGACAGCAUUUAUUUGUAAGCCUUAACAUAGACUUAGCAUGUUAUAGUAAUAUAUACGUUGAUUUCUUUAGAAUAAGGAGUCUGUUGUUUUAAAUGACGCGUUUUCUUAUAAUGUAUUCUAGAUAGGACCUAUCUGUGACCAUCUUAUUUAAAACACUUAUUAUCAAUUUUUAUUAUCAUAUUUUUUUAAUUAUUAUCGUCCAACUAUGUUAUUUAGGAACAAUUAAUUAUUGUUAACGUUUAUUUAAAAAUGCAUGCAAUAAAAUUCGAUUGAUAUUUUGCUAAUAAUGUCGUAUUUUUUAAUAAUGGGUAUAAAAUAAUUAAAUAUAAUACUUUGUCUAACAUUAUAGCGAGUUGGUAUCGUUGUUGUAUCAUUAAUUUGGAUUUUUUUUAUGUAAUUUAUAAUAACAUUGAUGUUUAAGGUCUUAUGAAAAUGUAUUUGCAAUAACUUGUUUUAUUAUUUUCUUGUAAUAUUUCUGAUUGAGCUUAUUUGUUGAAGUGAUUGUUUGAGAUUGUUUCCGUCGGUGCUUUUUUGAGUAUUCGAAGUAAGUGGGGCUUGGUAUUUUGCAGUAUAUUGUUCAUAUUUAUUCACGUAUUUAGUUUUCUCCACUCUACUUUGUAUUAAGCCGAAGCCUAAUGUUUGUUGUGAUUCUCCCUUGAACUACAAGUAAAAACCAAGUGCCACUUAUACUUUAGUCAAAUUGUUUGCAGUCGUAAUGACUCGUCAGUAUUUAAUUCGUAUGCAAUUCGAGUCGCGUAAACUGCUUACUAAUACACCCACAAUGGAUAAUUACGUGUUCUUACACCCGAUUGUGAUCACGCGACAAGAAUAGCUGCGCAGAAUCUAUUCACUUGUUCCACUCUCAACUUUAAUUGCUUGUAAACAAAGUACAAAAUACAACAGCAAUGCUGGUUUUAACGUUACGAACAAAAUGUAUGAGUCAGUUAAUACGAUUCUUUAAAAUAAGGUUGUGCUUAUGCUGUACCACAUAUCUUUUGUAUUCGAGUCGAUCGGUCAUUAAUUCUUGCCUCUAGGAAGUUAAUUAUGUGAACACGAAUACUCUCGAAUUUUUAUACACUUCGGAUUAAACAAUAGCUACCCACCUGUCACUGCCUUAGAGGAUGAGAUUGCCCCAAAAUUAUAUUCUGUACCUAGAGCGGUAUGUACUAUACUAUAUAUUGCUAAUAGAUAUUUAUAUAAAAUUGCUGAAUAAAUUAUACGCUCUGCAAUAAUAGACUUCCUCGUGUUACACGUGUAAAUGAGAAUAGAAAUUUAUUUAUAUUUGUAUAUUGUUUUACUUUUUACGCGAGGUUUUGUAUUGAGCUUGUGGUUUUGAUAUGAAGUGUGAUAAAGGGAGGGAACUAAGGUUCCUUAUCAGUUUCUCUACGAAAUUCUUUGUCCCUUGAUCACAUCUCAUUAAACUCGGUCGAUCUCAUCACCGCCGCGCAACGCAAAUGUGUCACCCAGACACCUGAUGGAAAUCAAAUACUCAAAAAUUUAUUUAGUUGUAACUUUAUUUUUUGAUAAAAAAUAUAAUUAUUUAUGACAUUAAUGCCAUUUGUGUCCGCGACGGUGGAUAGAUUGAUCCCAUUUAUAUUGGGUUCAGUAUUUUGACACCACGUUGUACCGUGGAGCUAAUUUAUGUGAUACUUUUGUAAUGCCUCGCGUAAAUAUUACUUGCGUCAAUUUACCGCUCUUCCCCAUAAAUUGUAUACUACAUAUUUGAGAUUUUAUAUAAAAUAUCCCACAGUUUCAAUGUGCUUAACGGAUAUUACUUCCAGCUAAUAAAUUAAUCAGUGCAAUAAUACUUCCUUUUAAAAUAUACAUAAAAUGUAUUAUGGACUUGAAAGGUUUAUAAUUAAGAUUCAAUUUCACGUAACAAUGAAUUUUAACAAUAACUAGAAGUUUGCAUAUUGUAGAUAUAUUGUACAGCAUUACGAUUCGAUGGACUCUAUAGAAAUACAGGGCGUUGCAAUACUGAUGUGUUGUGUAUUUUUAUAAAGUUGCGUCCAAUAUCGGUUUUGUGAACAUUUUGUAUCAGACUAGGCACGUGAGAGGACUAUAAUUAUAUUUAUGUAAUAAUAGCCAUGAAAAUAAUAGGGGGAGACACGAGAGUAGCUAGGUAACAUUUACCUGAGACGAAAUUUAUAUAAUGGUGUACAUUUUUGAUAUGACGUUGUACAAAAGAGACAUUUGGUAUGUUAUUUUAUAGGAAUGAAAUAAAUAGCAUUAAUAAAUA